UCUUCUUCUUCAGCGCACAUUAACACUUUUACUCCACUGCUGCCUUCGGAUCCGAUCCUUACCCACACUCGGACUCGCCGAUUAGGGUUUCAAAUUUCCCAAUUUUCCGGCAAAUUGAUCGGAUAGUUGAAGCCAUAAGAUGAAGAAAGGCAACCGCCGCGCAAAGCAAACCGUCGACGCAUCCACCACCGAUGAUUACGAGAAGAAAUUUCAACAAUUGGAGCUUGAAAAUCAAGCGUAUCAGAAGGAGGUUGAGGAGCUGAGAUUCAAGCUUGCAAAUGGUUCAUCCACUUCUUGUGAGAGCAGUGCUCAGAAGCUCAGAGGGGAAUACAUUCAAAAGCUGACUUUCCUUGAGGAUCAGGUUGCGGUGUUGACGAAGAAGCUAGAUGCUCAAUCUCAACUCUCUGUCCUAAGAAGAAGGGGUGAUGAGCCCACAAAACAGUUGCAUUUCGAGAUUCAGAGGUUGAAGGCUCAGAAGGUUCAACUGCAAUGUAAAAUGAAGUUAGAGUCUGUGCAGUUCAGAUUGCAAAAGGCUUCACUGGAAAAAGAAGUUCUUCAGCUCAAAAAAGAGAGUAGGAAGAAUAAACAUGGGAUGCUUAAGCUAUUGGACUCCAACCAAAGACUAAAGACGGUUUUGCAUCGGAAGAAUAUGGAAGCAUUCAUGGCCACUAAACGGCUCAGACAACUGUUAGAAUCUCGCAAGGCUUUGUCACACAAAAAAGAUGGUGCUAGAAAUGGGAAGAUUGCAGCAAUUCAGGGUAUUGAGCAUGAGUUUGAAGAAACGGCAGAAUUACACGAACUAUGUGCUCAGUAUGAACGUCAAAUAGAGGAGAUGGCUGAGGAAGCUGCAAACCUUAAGGAUGAAGCAGAAGCACAUCAGCAAGAAAAGUCGAGGUGCACAUGCCAGGAGCAAGAGGUUGACUACUUGGAGAAGGAUUUAGGUAUAACAGAUCUGAAGGAACAAUUCGUUAGUCUCAGUAGUUUGGUUGGACAACUAAGACUGAACAAGGCUGAGCUUGAUAUUGGAAAUAAGUCACAGGGGACUGUGAGUCAACAUUCCAUUUCUGUUGGGAGUAACAGUUACAAGUUAGUGGACGACAACACCUCCUCUCCAUCAGAAAACUUGAAUGUUGCAAAAGUUAAAACUGCAUCAACAUUGUGCUGCUCAUGCAGUAAGAGUUCUUUGUGCAAGACGAUGAAAUGCAGAUGUCGAUCCACGGGUGGCAGCUGUGGCGUAUCAUGUGGCUGUGUAGCCUCUAAGUGCAGCAAUAGAGAACUAACAGUCCAAAUCAAGUUGGAUGAGUCGCCACAAUCAGAGACAGCUGAUGGCAUUUGGAAUGGUUCAGAUGCAACGGAAGCGGAGAAGGAUAGCACAGUGGCUUCCCAGGGUGCAAUGCUGCUCCAGAAUGCUCUAGUUCAGAAGCCUGCAGAGUUGAAUGAUGAUCUUGGGCCAAGAAAGAAACCAUUAUCUGAUAUUGGGAACCUACUGAAAUGUGUUUUUAAGGCGAAUGCAGACGCUGCAAAACCCGCGCCAAAGAAAAAGGGACGAAAGCCAGCGAUACGACUUGUUACUGUAAACGCCGAAGGCAAAAAAGCAGCAGAUGAUGCAAUGCAAGAAGAAGGUUGACAUAGAGAAAAGUUUUAGUUGGAGCGAGAUGAAUUUUUCGUGAUGAAAGAGAAGUGCUGCAGUGAGACACUUAUGGAGAAAGAAAGCCACUGUAGUGUGAGGCAUUGGUUAAGAAACAGAAUCACUGUGUUUUACUUGAUAAACAAUUUCCCGAUCCAUGAUAAGAUUUGGAGACGCAUAUAAUUGAUAGAAAAUCGGAUUCUACGAUACAAAAUGGAGCUGUAUUUUAUUUGGAUUUCGAAUUGAAAUCUAGUUAAUUUUCUAUUUGAUUA